CGGAGGCGCCUCCAUGGCGGCGCUGCCGCGGGGGGGGAGCCGAUGCUGGUCCGCACCUCGCCGCCUUUCCAGGCGGUGUGGCUGCUUGGAACUCCUCCUGCAUGGACAGCCAAAGCUGCAGCCUCGCGUCUGCGGCAGACUCAGUACGCGGCUGCAGCGCUGCGGGAGGAGGAGCUGGCGGCGCACGGCGUGUCCCCCCCCCCCCUUCGGGAGGGAUGCUUGGCCCCGCGGGAGGCGCGCCGGGAGCUGUGGUGUGAGGUGGUGGUUGUUGCCUUCGAAGCCGGAUGAAAGCAAUGGGAGUUGGUCAGUGACUGGAGCAUGCACCAACAUGACCAAAAGGUGUCCCAAGAGCAUGGCUUCUAGCAUGUUUUGCCGGAAGUUUGGGAUCUCCCAGAAAUAGCCCUGUGUGGUGAAAGCCUCUAAGUGUGAGAAGGUCAUGUAGGAAGAAGCCACCAAGUGCUGAUUGCACAGCUGAAGAAUUGUUAGGAGCGGCCUGAGAGCAAUGCCUGUCUAUUGAAACACUCCUCCUUAUUUAAAAGAUGGACUAUUAAGCCUCUGUGUAGUAAGACAAAGUGCAUUUAACUGCAUUGUGGCAGUGUCUGGUAAUGUUUAUAUAAACAAAAAAAUAAAUAUUUAUGUUUCUGUUCUCAGAUUUCUGUCUUUUCCAAGAUUUAGUAACAAUUGCUUUUGUUUCAGAGUUCAGACUUCUUGGUGUUAUUGUUGAGAUACCAGUGCACCCCUUUGGAUGAAACAAAGCCUAGGACUGAGCUGGGAUGAGAUGACUUAAACCAUUGUCUCCUGUAGUAUUUGGAGAUAGGGUUGGCUGAGAUGUGUAUUUGUAGUGAGUCAAAGUAGAAAUUUAAAAAGUAGAAGCUCAGCAAACCUGGCUUUAAAAAUAGCAGGAAAGGUGUUUAUUCAACAUGGAGAAUGGCCAGCUUGGUUUAUUAUCACCUUGACCAGUUAUGUCAUGUGGUACUUCAGCAUAACUUGGAGUGAAAGGCUCUUGAGAUAAUUGGGAUUGCUGUUUAUUUUACUAGGAAGACUUAACGUGUUUUAUCAGAAGAACAAAUAUUUAAAUUGUGUAUCUUGCAAUGUGUGAUUUUUCAGUGCUGAAUGUAAGCAUAUUUCUAAUUCUAAGUGUAAGGUUGUUUUUAAUUUGUCAAGCGAGAAGGUUUAGACAAGAGUAAUUAAUUUUUAGAGAUCCAGCUUGUAAUUAUGGGAUGUACUUGAAAGUUUAGGGGUUUUAUUAGGGAUUACAUUCCCUGAAGAUACCAUCUGUCCAGAAGUUCUGCUCAUGGGCCUUUGUUCUUGAAGUGUAAGACCAACAGGAGUAGCUUUUUUUAACGAAAAAAAAAAAAUCUCAAGAGCAACAGCUAGUGACAGGACUUGAUGAUUGGUAUCUAAAAGAAUAAUUACCUUUCAACUAAAAAAUAUGUAUAACCCUCAGCUUUAAUGUGUAAUACAGGUGUUAAGUGGGGUAGAGCAAGAGAAGUGAGGUUGAGGGAGCAAUAGGUGCAUGACAAGUGUCACAGAUUACUUAAAUAAUAAUGUUGUUAAAUGUGAAGUAUGAUGUUAAACAUUAGGACUGCCUUUUAUUUUGUAUGACUGGUUAACUGAAUUGCACCUUUAACAAAACAGACUAUGAGAAUCUGCUCAGCAAUAAAAUCUGAAGAGAAAGGAUAA